AUGAAAGGAAAAAAAAACAUCAAGUACCUUACAAUCCUACCAGGAGCAUCAGAGAAGCUCCAUAUUUUCAAUGCAAACCUUGAUGAACCUAACAGUUUCACUGCAGCCAUUGAAGGGUGCACCAGAGUUUUUCACCUCGCCUAUCCGGUUGAUCUCAUCGAAAAAGAAUCCGAGGAUGUCGUCACCAAAAGAGCAGUAGAAGGAACCAUAGGAAUCCUAAAGGCUUCUUGA